UACAGACAACUCUUUCACGAAACAGGCUCACCCGAACAUUGGACGUCGUCAUGACUUUAUUCACUAAGGCAUGGGAAUCGGUGGGAUUUCUCCAGACAAUAAACUCAGUGGUUCUGGGGCUGGUGGCUCAGGUGAAUGACUCUGCAACAACAGAGGAAAUCGAGUUUGUCAGGAAGACUUUGGAGUCUAUUGACCGGCAGCUGGCAAUUGGAAAGGGCUUGAUGAGAGACUCUAAUGUCACCAGGUGUGAGGAUGACAUCGUAGUUGUGUACCAGCAGCUGGCUGCCAUUGUCCGGGCAGGAAAGUCUUACAAAGAGAAAGAGAAGGAGGUGUUCAUCCAAUAUGUGUACGACUACAAGAUCGAUAGACAGCUGAAUGCACUGUACAAUCGACUUCUCGGAGUCUCCGUCCUGGCAGACCAUGUCACUCUACUACAGCAGGUCAUAAGAGACCACCACCCACGCCGCUGGGAGAUGAUUGCCUUCUGCCAGCAGGUGAACUUUGUAUUAGCCACUGGCCUGCUUUGCCUUUUUGUCCAUGGAUCUCUCACAGGAAGAGACACCCAGCUCAUGAUGGGCAGAUGGACGGACAAAAUGUCUGCUUUGUAUAAGAGAAUGGAGGACACCUCUAGAGAUUGUGCUGCAUACUUCAAGGAGCAAGCCCAGGAGGAUGUUGAGAAGUAUUUGCCUCUUCAUGAGUCAUUAACAGAUGAAGAAAAAGCAUUGGGCAUACUGAAGAUGCUGGAGAAAAAUUAUGACUGGCUACGCUGGGCAGUGAUGAUCUCUCGUUCACCAGUAGAUAAGGCAGGAGGGGUCUUGGUGAAGGGAAGCUACAUCUCUGUUCGGGGAGAAUGUGGUACUCAGGUGGUGCUGAGUUAUAGUGAGAACCCAGUCUCCCUGGACAAGGGAAAGAUAAAUCAACUUAUCGGUGAGCUAGAGUGGAAAAUCCCAAACCCGCCUCCAGACGUUUAUGCCAACAUUGAAGCCGAUCCUAGCUACGCCAAGAGAUACCUUGCCCAGCGUAUGCUCAACAAGUUGUUAGAGGGCCUCAGCAAGGGAGUCACCAUACACACUGUGCCAGGGAAACUAGAGAUGAGCGGGAAUUUCCCACCGGCCUCCUAUGUCUUGUAUGAGUAUAAGCACCGCAUGGCAUCUGGUACGGUGUGCCUCUUUGGCUGAAGGUUUUCCAGCAUCUUACAUACAUAUAUGUUGACAGUUGUGUCCUCUCUUUCUUAUUAGGGUCUUGAUUUUCACAAUAAAACACAGUGUACACAUCAUAGUCUUGUCCUAUGUCUAGUUUUUCUUUUGAGGGUACUGGUUCUGCUUGCAGAGAUCCAGCUAAUCUC